UUUCGAUCGUACCGCGACCGAUUGCGGACGUAACUGCUGGCUGGCGCUGUUUUGCCGUUCGCUGCUCGCCGUUCGUUUCGCCCACUAGCGAGCACAAUCGUCUCCCCGCCUAAAUCUCGCCCAUCUUUCUUCAUUUCACUCCAUCGUGGUUGCCGGUGGUUCGUGGUGUGAAUUGGUGAAUCGCGUAAGAAGCUGUGCUGUAGCAAAGCAACAACAACAAAAAGAAACAAAUCUCCGUUAGGAAGUCCCGGUCCACGCGCAAGCAAAAACUCUCACUUUCCGUUCAAGCGCGCCCGUUUGUUUGGUGGUUUUCGUGUUUGUUUUGCGUUGUCCCUGCGCUCUAGUCGCGGAGGUGUGGUGCGGAAGGUGCGAGAUUUGCAAAACGUUGCCACCGUCCGCGGGCGAAGCGGCGGAAGGAAGGGAAACGGGACGGGCGGCUCCGGCGGUUGCGAACCAACCCAAACCAACCAAACCAGAAGCUGUACGCGCCACACGAAUUUUACGCCCUUCUGGUCGGCCCUCUGGUCUGGCGCAACCGAAGCCGCAGCCAGUGAGCAGCAACAGCAGCAGCAGAUCGGCGCGUCACGCGUCGCGCGGCUCGUUGACCACAAUCAAUUGAAAGCCAGCCAUCAUCCAGCACCGAACGCCAUGACACUGCGGAUCCUGCUGCUGGCGGGACUGCUGGCCGCAUCCUGCUGCUCGGGGGCCGACAUUCUCAUGAUCACGAUGGGUGGUACCAAAUCGCACAAGAUCCCGUUUUUGGAACUGGCCAAGGGUCUCAUCCCACGCGGUCAUAAUAUAACGUUUCUGAACGGGUUUCCGGCCGACUUUACGCUGCACGGUCUGCAGGAGGUCACACCGUCCGGGCUGGUUGAGUACAUCCGCAACUAUACGAACUGGGAUCUGCUCGGUGCACGGAUGCGUGGUGAUAUGCCGCUGUCCUUGUGGGAUGUGUUCCGAUUUUCCUGGCAGAUCUGUGACGCAACGCUAGAGGACAAGGAAACGAUGGACCUGCUGGGGCGUAAGUUUGACCUCAUGAUCUUGGACGGCGCAUUCCCAGAAUGUGCCCUCGGGCUGGUGUACCGGCUCGGCGUACCGUUCAUGUACAUCAACACGGUCGGCUUCUACACCGGCACGAUGGCUUUGGCGGGCAAUCCCGUACCGUACUCGACGACGCCCGCCUUCUAUCGCCCGGUGACGGACGACAUGAGCUUCUUCGAGCGCCUGUCCAACGCGUUCUACACGCUGGUGGGCGACGUAGUGUACACCCCCUCGAUGCUCUACCUGCAGCACAUGGUGCGGCGCCAUCUCGGCUCGGACGUGCCGAACAUCUGGAACCUGUCCCGCAACGUGAGCUUCAUCCUGCAGAAUGGGCAGGCGAGCGUAACGUACCCCCGGCCGCUCCUGCCGAACGUGGCGGAAAUCGCCUGCAUCCACUGCAAACCGGCCGCCCCGCUGCCCAAGGAUCUGGAGGACUUCAUUGCCGGGGCGGGCGAGUCGGGCUUUAUCUACGUAUCGAUGGGCUCGUCGGUGAAGGCGGCCAACAUGCCGGACCAUCUGCGCCAGCUGCUGGUACAGGCGUUUGCCCGCCUCCCCUACCGGGUGCUGUGGAAGUACGAGGCGAGCCCAGCGCUGCUAACGGAUCUGCCGGCGAACGUUAAGAUUGGCCGGUGGUUGCCGCAGCAGGACAUCCUCGGCCACCGGAAGCUGCGUGCGUUCGUAACGCACGGUGGGCUGCUCAGCAUGUUCGAAACGGUGUACCACGGUGUGCCGGUCGUGACCAUGCCCGUGUUCUGCGACCAUGAUGCGAACGCGGCAAAGGCCGUCGCCGACGGGUACGCCCUGAAGCUCGACCUGGAAACGAUCACGAGCGAACGGUUGGUGCGUGCCAUCCACAAGGUGAUCCACGACCCUACGUACCGCCGGGAUGCCAAACGACGGCAGGUUCUGCUGAAAGACCAAAGAUCGACACCGCUCGAGACGGCCAUCUACUGGACGGAGUACGUGAUUCGUCACAACGGCGCAUACCAUUUGCAGUCGCCGGCACGAAACUUAAACUUCCUCCAGUACUACUGUCUGGAUCAGGUGCUAUUCUUGAUCGGUGUCGUUUACCUGCUGCGAGCAUUGACCCGUCUGUAUCUGAACCCACGAAUCGUGCAGCUGGGCAAGGAGAAACUUCACUGAGAACAGGGUCCAGGAAAAUAAACAGCGAAAAGAGCAAAGGGAAGAUAGAAGGACCACGUAACUAACUUAUUACGCAAGCAGUGUUUGAACGUGUGCAAAAUGGGUAGAGCGCACCUUAGUUUUACAAAAGGGGUUUAACAAAGAAAUGACUAGACAGCGAGUGUACAGUAAGUUCGUUUUUAUUCGGGGAUGGUGCAUUUAGAACCAAGUGAACAACAACAAAGUAUUGCGUAACGUAGAGGGUAACACGAUAUCAGUAGAACUGUUUCUGAGGCGCCUCCGUUUCGGCGUAAACUUGUUAUUCGGGUUUCGUUAACGUCUUUUUUUUUGUGCAAUAAUUUAAACACGGGGGCAGUUAGACGAUCCAAUUCCGAUGCAGCUCUCGAAUUAAUAAAUGUGAUAUGUUUAUUUUUGUUUUGCUAGAGCCAGUUCAACCGUCCGAUUCGAUCGCCCGACGAACCCUGUUAGAAGUGCAACUGACAAACCAAUACAGAACCAGAACCGCAGUGUGAAUAGUUGUAAGUUGUGAUAAGUUGGUGUGCAGGAUGAAUGAAGUUUUACCAAGGAAAAGCUUAAAACCCAUCUGCAUGUUAGUAUUGUAAAGGCAGGAUGUUACAGAUGAUGUUGUAAACGUACAGCAAUAGAACGUGCGUAUUUAUUGGUAUGGGGAUUAUUGUAACUCGCAACGUAAUCGUAAGUUGAGGCUGUUUGCGCUAAGCUCUGCGUUGUUGGGUGGGGAAAAAAAGCAGACGACGCCAAGCAGCUUGUAAAGCCAAUGCACCGAGCGGGAACAGGCUGCUGGGGCUGCAACGUCAACGGUAGCAAACACCUUGUAAAUUGUAUUAUUGAUCACCUCCAUGUAAAUACAUUAACACGUAAAGCGGAGUGGUUCGCUUUAAUAAAUUAUUGUGACGAAAAACAAA